AUGCGAAAUUUGACGACGCUCGCCGUCGAGGCGCUCGGCGGCGGCGCGCCGUGGCAGGCGGUUGCGCCGGACGCCGAGGCGGCUGACGGAGUGUAUGUAGCGAGUGCAGAGCGAGGUGCCGAGGGGCUCGUGCGUCUCACGGUUGGCCGCGCGACGCCGAGCGCGUGCGAGGAGCUCGCUUCGCUCGCUGUCGUCGGCGCCCCUGGCAACAAUGCGGAUGAGAUCCGCCUGUUUCAGAUGCUUGCAGACGGCGGAGACGUCGCAGGGAAUGCGCCGGCGCUGUGCCUUGUUACAGCAGGUGGCGAUAUCGUGUACCUUUUGCUCGAUACACUCAAAGCAGAGAUCGUGGGGUCCGUCGAGCAGGGCCUCCUUGCCGCGCGCUGGAGCUUGGACGAAGAAGUGCUUGUCCUCAUCACCGCGCCGGGUGCAGACGGUGUCGCGAAGCUCUUGCUCAUGACGCGCGACCUCGAAGUACUCCACGAAGCGCCUCUGUCGACCGACGACUUUGGCGAGGACCAGCCGGUGAACGUCGGGUGGGGCUCCAAGGCGACACAGUUUCACGGAUCCGAGGGCAAGCAGGCCGCUGCUGCACAGCCGCGCGCGGGCGACGCGCGGGGGCCGCCAGUGCCGGAAGACGACGGACUGCCGCGCGUUGCGUGGCGAUCGGACGGCGCCUUUUUUGUCGUCUCCUCGCUGGAGCGCGACGCGUACGGCGCGCAUCGCAUCCUGCGUGUAUACACGCGCGCGGGUGUGCUCAGCGCGACGUCGGACGCGUCCGUGCGCGGCAUUUCGCACUGCCUCGCCGUGCGUCCGAUCGGCAAUGUGAUUGCCACGACGCAGCGCGCGGGCAGGACGCCGGACGGCGACGAGUGGGCGCCGGGCCGUGACGGGCGGCACGAUGUCGUGUUUUUUGAGCGGAACGGACUGCGCCACGGCGAGUUUUCGCUCCGCGAAGAGCACGGCGCAGGGCCAAAGGGGAAUACCUACGGCGAGGCACUUCCGACGUGGAAUACGCCGCACGCGGUGCAGUCGCUCGCGUGGAACGCGGAUGGAAGUGCGCUUGCAGUGCACCUCGUGCGUGGGCCACACGCUGUCGUUCAGGUCUGGACGACCAAGAACUACCACUGGUACCUCAAGCAAGAGAUCCAGCUGGAAGGACUGCGAGCGCUCCAAUGGCACGCCGAAGAACCGCUGUGGCUCUACCUUGUGCAUGCAGGCGGCGUCGAGAAGCGCGUCUAUGCCACAGAUACGGUGGUAUCGAGCGGAACACCGCCGCACGACGCGUCGUGUGCGGCGGUGGUCGACGGCCAUGCGCUCCUCCUUACGCCGUUCCGCCUGCAGAAUGUGCCGCCGCCGAUGUGUGCGGCGUGCAUUUUGGAUACGCCGCGCCUGGAGCCGUUUGUGCCGCAGGUGCCGGUGCACGUUGCGUGGGAUACCGUUGGGGGCGAUGCGACGACCGACUACCUUGCGGUGCUCUUUCGCGAAGAGGUGCAUGUCUGGCGCAUUGCCUACGGUGUGCUGGGCAGCCGUGCCAAGUGGGCACCUGAGCGCAUCGCGGUGCUGCGUGUGGUGCCCGGCGCGAUCCAGGUGGCGCUCGCCGUCUCGGACUCGAUCACCAUCGGCCUGCUCCGCCCCGACGGCGCCGAGUGGGUGCAGGGCGGGGACCGAGGCACGCUGGCGUUCUCGACGGGCGGCGCACGCCGGCUAGUGACCAUGCGCGAGACCAAGGCGCUGGUCGUGCACGGCCCCGACGGCAGCGUCGUCGAUGUCGCGACCUCGUCGCCACUGCCGUCGCUGCCGACCUUUUGCGAGCGAUUGGUCGUCUUUCCCGCGCCGCACGCCACGCCCCUUGGCCUGGCGCGCGACGGGCGGCUGGUCCUGCCCAACCGUACACUCGCAAAGGAUGCGACGUCGUUUGUCGUGACCAACCGGCUGGUGGUCUGGACGACGUGGACGCACGAGGCGCGCUUCCUGCCGCUUGCCGCGCUUUCGGGCGACGUGCAAACGCUCGAGCUCGGGCGGCGUGUCGAGCGUGGCAGCACGAUUGUGACGGCCGUGCCGAGCGCUAUGUCGCUCGUCCUCCAAAUGCCGCGCGGCAAUCUCGAGACGAUUUGCCCUCGCCCCAUGGUCCUCGACGUGAUCCGCGACCUGAUCGACCGCAGUGAGUACGGCGAGGCGCUGCGCACUGCGCGUGCGCACCGUGUCGAUCUGAAUAUCCUGCACGACCACAACCCCACGGCGUUCCUCGCGAGUAUUCCCAAGGUCCUGAAGCAGGUCGACAAUGUCGACCAUAUUAAUUUGCUGCUCUCGAGCAUGCGCAACGACGAUGUGACACAGACGCUGUACCGCCCCAUGGUGGGCGAAUCGCCCGCGGCCGACACGGCCGGCAAAGUGAAUACGGUGUGCGACGCGUUUCUCGGCGCGCUGCAGGUCGACGAGCGCCGCUACCUCUCUUCUGUGCUCACUGCGCACCUGCGCAAAGACGUGCCCGACUACGAGAGCGGCCUGCGUGUCCUGCUGCGGUACAAAGACACGGACCUUGCGCUGGCCGACGAGGCGUGCAAGUACAUCAUCUUUCUCGCGAACGCCGAGCAGCUCUUCCGUGUCGCGCUCGGCAUGUACGACUUCCAGCUUGCGCUGCUCAUUGCGCAGCACUCGCAAAAAGACCCCCGCGAAUACGUGUCGUUUUUGAGGGAGCUGCGUGCAAAGACGCCCGAGGCGUACCAGCGCUUUUGCAUCGACGACCACCUCGGGCGGCAUACCAAAGCGCUGCACUCGCUCGUGCACGCCGGCGACGACCGCGCGGACGAGGCGAUGGAGUACACAGUCCAGCACAAGCUGUACCGUGAAGCGCUCGACGCGUGGAAAGGGAAUACGGGCCGCCAGCGCCAGGUGUACGACCUGUUUGGCACCUACCUCGCGGCGCACCAGCGUGCCGGCGAGGCGGCGUCCGCCUUCCUCCUCGCCAAAGAGCCGCGCAAGGCCAUCGACGCGUUCCGUGAGGCCGACCAGUGGCAGGAUGCGCUGAGCACGGCGCUGAUGGAGCGCAUGCCGCGCCCCGAGCUCCUUGCGCUUGCCCACGCGCUCAUUGAGCAGCUGAGCGCGCGCGAGCAGUACGAGAGCGCGGCGCGCAUCUGCCUCGACCACGUCCACGACGUCGAGCAAGGCGUGAGUCUGCUGUGCAGCGCGCAGUGCCUUGCGGAAGCAUCACGCGUCGCUGCGGCGCACGAUCGCUUUGACCUGAUCGAGACGCACGUCGGCCCUGCGGCGCUCGAAGGGCAGUCCAACGCCAUGGAAGAGGCGGAUGCGAUCGACGAGCAGCUCGCCCAGCAGGUCGCGCGCCUUGGCGAGCUCGAGUCGAAAAAGACCCAGGAGCCCGCGCAGUUUUACAUGGAUGACGCCGGGCUCGAGAACAUCGAUAUGCAGAGCGAUACCAUGUCGCAGCUCACGCAGUUCACGCGCUAUACGGCCGCUCCGAGCGUCGCACAAACCAUGUCAACGCUGUCCCUCGGCACGCGCGCCACCGGUCGGUCCAAGGCGAAGCAAAAGAAGGAGGAAAAGAAGAAGAAUGCGGGCAAGAAAGGCAGCAUCUACGAGGAAAAGUACCUGCUCGACUCGGUCGCCAAGCUGCUCACGACGCGCCUCGGUGCACUGCAGCGCACCACGGCGCAGCUGCUCCCAGCGCUCCUUGCGCUCGGCACGAGCCACCGCGCCGCCGCACAAAAGCUGCAACACCGCCUGCUCGCCCUCGAGGCGAAGGCGACGCAGGCCGCCGACGCGCUCGGCGCGCGCGCCACCGCGCAGGACCAGCGCAGGCAGCAGGCCGAGCACGAGCUCGUGGCCGCCGUCGCACACCUCGCGCACCAGCCCGGCGACGAAGCGGCGCCCGGCGCGGCGCUCACGGCGCUGUACGCCUCUCGGCAUGCCACACGUGCGCCGGCCGCGUCGCGCCCCGACGUGUCGAGCGAACGCUGGAAGAUGCAUUUAUUGGAUACGCCGCAGGCGCCGUAG